CCCAUAGUUCCAUUUACAAAAUGGAAGUUGUGUGAUUGUAAGUGAGUGCUGUGUGUUUUCUUUUUAUGAAUUCAGUGCAGUUCACGUUUGAAAUGUUGAGAUGAAAAGUGCAUUCCACAGGGAAACGUUUGUUCAUAUCGGAUGUUAUUACAGACAAUGUUCAACGUAUUACACCAGUGAGAGAUUUCAAGAUACAGCAAUGGGAUAGACUCACCUGUGUUCUGUAGGAGCGUCAUUGCAUCGGAGAUUAAAAAACAGCAUUGGUUUGAAAUUCAAGUUUAGCUCUAGUGUUAAUCAAUCGUUAUUGAUCUCAAUUUAUUGUUAUCAGUUCUGCAAAAAAUGCUUGGGAUGUAAUACCUGGUUGCAGGAACAUAAAAACAUCAAUUGUUACAAAAGAAUGAACUCAGUUUGUACUGAAAUGAAAAAAUGGAAGCCAUACUUUAGAAAGGUAUGGAUGGAAGACUUGCUUCUGGGAAUAAAUCUCAUUCAGCAUUUAGAGAGAUGAACGCAUGUCUGAAAUGAACAGUGAGACGGACGGUUUAGCACGACGUCCAAGUGGCAAGUCGAGCACCCCCGUUACCGUUGAUGAUUUAUCCUUACCGUCGCCGCGGACGCCGCUAUUUGACAGUGAGACGGUGUUUGUGAUUCCUGAACGCAGCAAUAGCGAGUCUGAUGUGGCGACCCUUGCGGACGAUGCAGACUCCACAUUGACAGUUUGUGGGCGUCAGUUCACGCUGGGUCAGUGCGGGAAGGUAAAGGUCACAUGGAAGUUGAGAGAGGAGUGCGGCCUUGAUGACUGGAUUGGGCUGUUUCACAUAGGGGAGACAAACAAGUCAUCAUUUUGGGACAGCAAGACCAGGGGAGCUAAUGGGGGACAGAAAGGGGAGCUACUCUGGGACCUCGACGUAAUCAGUCAUUGCUUUACUGACUGUCAAACGCAGGUGUGCUUCAAGUAUUUCAGUGGCAGCACGGGGGAUCUUAUAGCCACCAGUCCGACCAUCGUGGUGAACAACAACAACCCGUCCCCUGGUCCAGCACCCCGGCCAGAUACCAGUCAGUUCUCACAGCCCUUUGAUUUGAGCUCAGACAAGUCUUCCCACCAGCAGCUCCUUCAUCUAGAAUUCUUUGACAUUGAGUCGGUAAACCUCAAGAAGGGUUUCUUCUUCAACCCGGACCCGUAUCUCAAGCUGACAGUUCAGCCGGGUAAGCUAUGCAGUCCCCAGGCCCACCAUGAACACCAACUGAGGAGCUCUGUCGCCCAGAACACAACCUGCCCAAGAUGGACCAACACGGGUCUUAGCAUGGACGUUCUCCCUUCUGAUGUAGUGGAAUUCGAGAUCAAAGAUAAGUUUGCAAAGAGUCGGCCCUCGUUGGGGAGAUUUCUUGGUAAAGCAUCGGUUGCCGUGCAACGAAUCCUGGAUAAAGCAACAGGACAUGAUGGGCCGGUUUCCCUAUCGCUGGACCUGAGUCGACGUAACCCUGCUGAGAGCGUCAGUGGAAACAUGAAGUUCACUGUGCGGGUCACCAAGUCACCUCUCAAGCCCUCAAGUAAACCAGUUCCAGCGAAACGAAAACGGCCCAAUGACAUUCGGACGGCAUCGCUGCCAGAAACCUCCAAGCCCCCAGAAAGCGUGUUCCAAUACGCCAACAAAGAGCACUCGCUGACAGACUCCAAUCUCAGUGCUCUGAACGGCAUUCUGGGUAAGGAGUCUAGUGAAUCGCCAGAGUCAGAGAACGCAGCAACGCCUUUCCAUGAAUCAGAGCUUAGAAUCGCUGAUGAUUUUGACAGGGGCGUUGAAGACGAAUUGUUGUCAGCAAAAAUGUUUUCUGUUUCUACGGUGCCAAAUAGUAUGGCUAAACCUAAAUGUGUGGAUAUUGUGUCGGGUUUUGAAAACGGGUAUGAUUGCCGUCGACGUUCGCCAGUUGAGGAUUUUGUGGUUACUCCGUUGCAGUAUAUGUGUAGUGAGUGUGGUGAUUUACAAACUACCAUGACUACUGCAGGUCUAACUCAGUGUGUGUACAGUGGCUCAGGCUCAAGAAGUGAUGACAGUGCACUGCCAUCAAGUGCUGAUAAUUCUGAUGGAUCUAACGCAAUGGAUAUCAUGUUGUUGAAUAGAACAUCUCAUUCUGUGCCAGAUAAUCUGAGCGAUUCGGGGGAUACAUAUUUAAACAAUGUGCCAAAAUCAAGAAAAAAUAUCUCAAAGUUUGAUUUUAGUUUAAAUUUGGAUGCGUCGUUAAUGUCACCUGCACAUAACGCAACACCAAAGAAAGAGAUUGCGACCUUGUUCUUGCUGCCGGAUGAUGACAGUGACAGUGGCAUGAACCCUGCCCCUCCAGACCUUCCCCCCAGGACUUACAAGGCUCCUCCCCUCCCCCCCAGGCAUCGCUCAAGUGACGCCCCACCCCUACCACCUCGUAGUGUUGAAAAACACCACCCUACUAUUGUUGCUACAUCACACAGUGUAACCACACCCACAUCACCAUCAAGGUCCAUAGAAAGUCUAGAUUUUGUGAAUUUAAACUCUCUUGAUCCGCCACCUUUACCCCCUCGGACUUACAGCCCAGUUCAUAUGCCUCCUUUGGGGGUAGGGCCAGAUCGCGGCGAUAGAGGUGCGGAGUCAGGAAGUGGGGGGUCCCUUUCAUUGCUUUCAACAGAGGAUAGUGACGGAAAAAGCUUUGACAGUAUGGAGGCAUUCUCUGGAUCAAGAGAAAGCUUGCAGAAUGACUCAGCAGAAAGAUUGAGAAGUGUUGGGCUAGUGCAAGAUGUGGUUAAACGUGAGCAUAUAAAGUUACACAGACUUUCUCAAGGAAAGCUUUCAAGUCUUUCAAGUGGUGCUUCUGCUGAUGUAGCAGGGGCUGGGGCAAGUCUUGUCAAGGAACCAACAGACGGCCAAAGACCCCUUACCCCACCCACCCUAGAGUGGAGGCGUUCGGCAGACUUGGCAGCAUAUGAACGAGACACAUCAUUCCCGCCGCCAAUAGUGCAAAGGAAUAAAAAUAAAACUGAUUCAGACAGACUGAAAGCUCUUGAGCAACCAUCAGACAGGAAUCGAAGUGCCAGUUUUGAGUCACCUGUUGAUAAAAUGCGUUUGUUUAAUUUCCCAUCAGGGGAGACAACUAACGACUCAGUGUUAAGCUUGGAUAGGCCUCGUGUUUUAGAGUCAUUAACAUUCUGUCCAAGUGACACACCGCCCCCUGUGGACAGAACGUUUCAUCAUGAUUCCCAUUGUUUGCAUAGACCUCUAAAACAGUCUCUAUCCUCGGGGCAUACUAAGCACAAAGACUCCCCUCUCCUACCGUGUGACCGUGGUAAGUUGUUCGAACAUCCCCCUCAGUUUGAUCGACAACGCUCCGUAGACUGUGUACUCAUGGAUAGGCAGCCAUCAUCCAAUGCAAUGAAUACUCAUACUCAUACCCACAUGAACUUUGACAUGCCUCCCUCAUUACCGCUUUCAUUAUCCACUCUGUCAGAAAUCUCAUGCUACCCAUUGAAAGACAGCCAAGGUCAGAACAUUUACAGCCCGGUGCUGGAUUUGCAACCCCCUUUGUACAGUCGCCAACGUUCGUACGACCCGCCGCGACUUGUUGAGCGACAGCUUUCGAACGACAGCAGCAAAUCAUCGUCGAGCGGGUCCGUCAGUCAGUCAGGGAGCUCAGGGUCAUCACAAACCAAGCUUCCUGUGCGACGUUCACUGAGUCCAUCGGUCAGGAAGAUCAAUGAUGGUGGUGACCUAUCGAGCCUGCAAGGGGCAGUGGGUGGAUCCCCCGUCCCCUCCCAGUGGUCCCUAGGGGGCUCCUACCUUGACACUUCCUGGCCGGAGAUCCCUCCCAGGCCCGGGACUCUCCUGCCCCAGAGGGACUCCACUCCCUCGCCUCCCAUCGUCCCCCACAGGGGCCGUAUACUGAGCGAAGAGGAGCGACAACACAACCGCCACCAUAUACAGCAGCAUUUAAAACACUGGACUCAAAAGCAGAAGGAUCGUGCUAAUUCGAGUUUUGGGAGCAGCGAAAGUGGAGCAGGGGAUUUGGAUAUAGUGUCAUCGCCUUCUUCUGAAAAUCGUAGUUUGACCAACGGUCACUGCGGAUGGGUGACGUUCGAUGAUCAUCAGUCGUCGCUGUCCUCAGAUAAUACGCUAACGGACAGUCUCCAGAGUCCCCCCUCAUACGAGCCUGCGCUAGGAUCAGAGGGAGGGGCAAGUGUGACAGGGGUCAGUGCAAUAUCGACCUUGGCAGGGCAGCAUGGUUUGACCCUGACUAGUUCUGCAGUGUGGCAGUUACGACAUGGGGAUGGGGAACAUCAUGCCGUAGACUCAGCUGACAGCCCUUUGAGUGGUGGACCCCCGGUGUCCCCUCUGCCCAAGUUACCAGCGAGGGAGCGCAGGUACCAGCCUGUGGACCCUAAACCAGGGGACCAGCCCCUUCCGCCAGGCUGGGAGGCCAGGGUGGACUCCCACCACCGUGUGUUCUACAUCGACCAUGUCAACCGCACAACCACAUGGGAGAAACCCCAGGGCAGUCAGCGGGCAAUCCACCGCCGACCAACCAUAUCGUCACAGCAGCGCCAGCAGAUGGACCGGCGCUACCAGAGCAUCCGGCGCACCAUCAAGCAGAGACAGGAGCCGGAGACUGCAAGUAACUCUGGGGAAAGCACCUCCUCUAGUACAAGUGAUGGUAGCAGCCCACAGACGUCUGCUCAGACGGUGAUUCCUGCCCCGAUUACGAUGCUAGCAACCUCAGAAACCACGCGUGACAACCGGGGUGUGGGAGCGUACCGGCAACCACCUGUCAAGUUCAUGAUGAGAUCGGACUUCUUUCCGUUGCUCCAGGCCAACGACCGGGCGAUGGCCGACUACAACAGGAACCAGACGUUGAAGCUGAUGAUUAACAAGAUACGAAAGGAUCCUGCAAAUUUUGAGAGGUACCAACACAACCGUGACCUGGUUGCGUUCCUCAACCUGUUUGCUGACACCACCAAGGAGCUGCCUGAGGGCUGGGAACUCAAGGUGGACAAGAACAGCAACAAGACAUUUUUCAUUGAUCACCACCUGAAGGGUACCACAUUCAUCGACCCAAGACUGCCAGCAGACGUCCCGCCCAUUAACCCAGACUUCCUGCACACAUCGUUGCUAAGGGUACGGCACCAUUCGGGCGGCCAGGACCACUCCCCGACCCGUAGUGACGCCCGUAGUGAAGCCCGUAGUGAGGCUCCCACCCCUCCUCCCCGCCAGCCCAUCCCGGACCAGGCCUCACUCCCGACGGCCUACAAUGACAAGGUGGUCCUGUUUCUACGGCAACCCAACAUCCAGGAGAUUCUGAAGGAGAGGUACCCGCCGUACGCCUCGUCUAGUCAACUCAAGGAGAAGAUUGGCCGGAUCAGCUCUGGGGGCACUGAGGCCCUGGACCGGAUGUCCAAUGAUCUACACCUUACCAUGAUGCUCAGUGUAUUUGAGAAUGAGAUCAUGUCGUUCAUACCUCCACACCUGGUGCAAACAAGGUCAGCGUCUCCCAUGGAUACGUCCUUUGGCGAGUCUCCCCAUAGCUCACCAAACACUCAUAUAUCUGACACCGCCCGCUCCAAUAUUCGAGUCCCGGCCCCGUAUAAACGAGACUUCCACGCCAAACUGCGCAACUUCUACAGGAAACUGGAAGUGAAGGGCUAUGGACAAGGGCCUGGAAAAAUCAAACUGAUGGUGAGGAGAGAUCAUGUACUUGAAGACGCUUUCAACAAGAUCAUGUCCACCCCGAAGAAAGAGCUACAGAAGAGCAAGCUGUACAUCACGUUCACGGGCGAGGAGGGGCUGGAUUACGGAGGCCCCUCAAGGGAGUUCUUCUUCCUGCUCUCUAGAGAGCUCUUCAACCCGUACUACGGGCUGUUUGAGUACUCAGCAAAUGAUACGUACACGGUGCAAGUGAGCCCCAUGUCGGCCUUUGUGGAGAACGCUCAUGAAUGGUUCCGUUUUGCUGGUCGAGUGCUGGGUCUGGCACUAAUCCACCAGUAUCUCUUGGACGCAUUCUUCACAAGACCAUUCUACAAGUUCCUUCUCAAAGUGCCCUGUUGUCUUGCCGAUGUGGAGGCAAUCGAUGCUGAGUUCCACCAGAGUCUCCUGUGGAUCAAGGAAAAUGACAUCACAGAGUAUGGAAUGGACAUGUUCUUCUCUGUCAAUGAGGAAGUCUUUGGACAGGUGACCGAAAGAGAGUUAAAACCAAACGGCCGCAACAUCCCAGUGACCGAGAAGAACAAGAAGGAGUAUCUGGAGCGGAUGGUGAAAUGGCGUCUGGAGCGUGGUGUGACCGAGCAGACGGACUGCAUCAUCAAGGGCUUCCUGGAAGUGCUGGAUCCCAGGAUUGUGUCAGUGUUCGAUGCUCGGGAACUGGAGCUCGUUAUUGCGGGAACCGUUGAGAUUGAUAUUAACGACUGGCGGAAGAACACUGAGUAUAGAUCAGGCUACCAUAAUUUAAAUCAGGUGAUAAUCUGGUUCUGGGAGGCCAUUGAGAAAUUUGACAACGAGCGACGCCUACGCCUGCUACAGUUUGUGACUGGGACGUCCAGUAUUCCAUACGAGGGGUUUGCAGCCCUUAGGGGCAGCAACGGGCCGCGGAAAUUCUGCAUCGAGAAGUGGGGCAAAGUCACAAGUCUCCCUAGGGCUCACACGUGUUUCAAUCGACUCGACCUGCCUUCCUACACGACCUUUGACAUGCUAUUCGAGAAACUUGUCACGGCUGUAGAGGAGACCAGUACGUUUGGCAUCGAGUGAGAUCACAGGAAUGAGGGACUGGAUUGUUCAGCACAGAUGAGUGAGAUCACAGGAAAGAGGGACUGGAUUGUUCAGCACAGAGCCUAUAUUUUGAAUUCAAUUAGAAAGUGUUUUUAGCUCACCUGAGCACAAUUUGCUCAUGGUGAGCUUUUGUGAUCGCCUUUUGUCGGUGGUGCGUUGUGCGUUGUGCGACGUCAACAUUUGCCUUGUUCACUCUCUAGAGACAUUUAUUGUCCAAUCUUCAUAAAAUUUGGUCAGAAGAUUGGUCUCAUUGAUAUCUUGGAUGAGUUCUAAAAUGGUAACGUUUGCUUAAAAAACAUGGUUGCCAAGGGGCAGGGCAUUUUUCCUUAUAUGGCUAAAUAUGGCUAUAGUAAAAUCUUGUUAACUCUCUAGAGGCCACAUUUAUUGUCCGAUCUUCAUGAAAUUUGGUCAGGAGAUUCAUCCCAAUGAUAUCUUGAAGAGCUCCAAAGUGAUGCCCGUUGGUUGAAAAACAUGGCCGCCAGGGGGCGGGGCAUUUUUCCUUAUAUGGCUAUAGUAAAACCUUGUUAACACUCUAGAGGCCAAAUUUAUUUUCCGAUCUUCAUGAAAUUUGGUCAGAAGAUUGGUCUCAAUGAUAUCUUGGAUGAGUUAGAAAAUGGUAACGUGUGCUUGAAAAACAUGGCUGCCAAGGGGCCGGGCAUUUUUCCUUAUAGGGCUAUAAAUGGCUAUAGUAAAAUCUUGCUAACUUUCUAGAGGCCACAUUUAUUGUCUGAUCUUCAUGAAACUUGGUCAGAAGAUUCAUCCCAAUAAUAUCUUGGACGAGUUUGAAAAUGAUGCCGGUUGGUUGAAAAACAUGGCCGCCAGGGGGCGGGGCAUUUUUCCUUAUAUGGCUAUAGUAAAGCCUUGUAAAAACUCUAGAGGCCACAUUUAUUGUCCAAUCUUCAUGAAAUUUGGUCAGAAGAUUGGUCUAAAUGAUAUCUUGAAUGAGUUCGAAAAUGGUAACGUUUGCUUGAAAAACAUGGAUGCCAAGGGGCGGGGCAUUUUUCCUUAUGGCUAUAUAUGGCUGUAGUAAAAUCUUGUUAACUUUCUAGAGGCCACAUUUAUUGUCCGAUCUUCAUGAAACUUGGUCAGAAGAUUCAUCAAAAUAAUAUCUUGGAUGAGUUCGAAAAUGAUGCUGGUUGGUUGAAAAACAUGGCCGUCAGGGGGCGGGGCAUUUUUCCUUAUAUGGCUAUAGUAAAACUUGUUAACACUCUAGAGGCCACAUUUAUUUUUCGAUCUUCAUGAAACUUGGUCAGGAGAUUUGCCCCAAUAAUAUCUUGUAAUCUCAGGUGAGCGACUUUGGGCCUUUCAUGCCCUCUUGUUUUCUUGUUCGUAUAAAAGUCCUUGACAGAAAGGAGACUGAAUAUUAUUGGUAAUAAUUGCUGUAAGGAUGCUGGAAGGUGUUCUUGCUGGUUUUGAACAGAAAUAAGAAUUAUGAUCUGGAAUUGUGAUAAGAACUUUUCACAAAAUUUGUGCUAGUUUGCCUUGUCAAGCGUAGCGUUGUUCUAAACAGGAAGGAUGCACUGAAUGUGAAUGUCAUCUUCAACAUUCAGUAAGGAUUUCAAGCUGGAAUUUAGUUAUCAACAGACUUACCGGUAUUGUCUUUAAGUGUACCUUUUGAAGGCAUUGACUUGAAUAUGCUACUAUAGUGAAUGGAUAGUUCAUGUCUUUAUAUUCAAAUUGAAGGCCGUAUGAUUAUCGCAGUACCAACAUGUUCAAAGCAAUCAACACUGAAAAGAAUGCGGGCCUGGAAUUUUACAAGGACUUUUGUGUGUGGCUUUAAUACUGAACAGAUUAAUUAAUUGAACUGAAAUAAGACUCAAACUGUAUUUUGUUAAAAACUCAAAGUUAGAAACAGGAAUUAUAUAGCUAGUCACCCUAGAGUAUUGGCAAAGUUGAAUGCAUAUUGCAUACAAAACGAAAAUGGAUAGAAAGCCAUACAAACCAGUUAACAAAACUGGAUGUAUUUGUGGCACCCUAUCUCAUAUUGUUUCAUCUACAAUAAUCAUAGCCUCUGUCAGUUGUGGCAUAUUGGUAAAUGUAUUAAUGUUUUCAUAUCACUGUUGAAUACCACUAUUAGAAUUUGAACAUUGUUAAAAAAGUGUUGGUUUUGGCCUGCAAUUAUGUCUUCCUUUACAUAAACCAUGCAACAACUGCAUUUAUUAAAUAUUCUUAUUUGUUUCUCAUAUUAAGGGCUCAAAGGUUUCCUGUCUUUAUUAACCAUAAUACAUAAUUUUCUAAAGGGGUAAAGGUACUGGUUUUGCUGAUUACCAUUACUCAUAGAACUUCAAAAUUAACUUUCUUUAACAUUUUGGUUGUUUUCCCAUGGUACAGGUUGUUAUACCCCCAUUACUGGUAAUGGGGGCUAUAUUGGAUCACUUUGUCGGUCUGUCUGUCUGUCCCAAAAAUUUCAUCCGAUCUUCACCAAACUUGGUCAGAAGUUGUAUGUAGAUGAUGUCAAGGUCAAGACUAAAUAUGGGUCAUGCCGAGUCAAAAACUAGGUCACAGGGUCACUUAGUGCGUUUUAAACCGAAAGUUUGUCCGGACCAUAACUAUGUCAUUUAUCGUUAAAUUUUAAAAUGACUUGGUACAUUUGUUCACUAUCAUGGUAUGGUGUGUCGCGCGAAAGAAGUACGUCAACAUCUCAAAGGUCAAGGUCACACUUGGAGUUCAAAGGUCAAAUACAUGUCCGGGCCAUAUCUUUAUCAUCUAUUGUGAGAUUUAAAAAUCAUUUGGCAAAUUUGUUCACCAUCAUUGGACGGUGUGUCCCGAGAAAGAAUUUUGUCGAUAUCUCCAAGGUCAAGGUCACACUUUGAGUUCAAAGACAGGUCAAAUGCAUGUCCGGGCCAUAACCUUAUCAUUUAUUGCGAGAUUUUAAAAUCAUUUGGAAAACGUGUUCACCAUCAUUGGACGGUAUGUCACGCGAAAGAAUUAUGUCGAUAUCUCCAAGGUCAAGGUCACACUUUGAGUUCAAAGAUCAAAAAUUGCCAUAAAUUAGCUUGUCCGGGCCAUAACUAUGUCAUUCAUUGCGAGAUUUUAAAAUCAUUUGGCACAUUUGCUCACCAUCAUUGGACAGUGUGUCGCGCGAAAGAAUUACAUUGAUAUCUCCAAGGUCAAGGUCACACUUUAAGUUCAAAGGUCAAAAAUGGCCAUAAAUGAGCUUUCUGGGUCAUAACUAUGUUGUUGAUUGCAAGAUUUAAAAAUAAUUUGGCUCAUUUGUUCAGCAUCAUUUGCCGGUGUGUCUUGGGAAAGAAUUAUGUUGAUAUCUCCAAGGUUAAGGUCAAACUUUGAGUUCAAAGGUCAAAAAUGGCCAUAAAUGAGCUUGUCCGGGCCAUAACUAUGUCAUUCAUUGUGAGAUUUUAAAAUCAUAUGACUCAUUUGUUCACCAUUAUUGAAUGGUGUGUCGCGCGAAAGAAUUACGUCAAUAUCUCCAAGGUCACACUGUGAGUUCAAAGGUAAAAAAUGGCCGUAAAUGAUCUUGUCCGGGCCAUAACUAUGUCAUUCAUUGUGAUAUUUUAAAAUUACUUGUCACAUUUGUUCACAAUCAUUGGACAAUGUGUCAUGCGAAAGAAUUACGUCGAUAUCUUGAAGGUCAAGGUCGCACUUGGAGUUCAAAAGUGAAAAAUGGCCAUAAUUGAGCUUGUCCAGGCCAUAACUAUGUCAUUCAUUGUGAGAUUUUAAAAUGACUUUGUACAUUAAUUUUGUUCACAGUCAUCGGACAGCCUGUCAUGCGAAAGAAUUCAAGAGUUCAAAGGUCAAAAUGGCCAUUAAUAAUAAUGGCAUAAUAAUUCUUAAAAAUCACCAUUUAGAUUCUCUUGUUUUGUGAAAACAGCUUGCAAAAUAGUCUGUGUCAAUGCGGCAUGUGGGGGUAUACAUCACGUCUGUGACAAAGCUCUAGUUUAAUGAGGCAGCUUCGCUUUAUUGGACGAUUCAAAGGUUGUUACCCUUUAUUUAAACAUUAUUGGUUGCUCCCCCUUAUUGGGCGGAUAAAUGUUACCUCCCUUCUGAUAUGACAUUCUUGUUUAUUUUUCCUUAUUGGAUGAUCAAAGAUUUCGUAUCUGUAUCAAUAAUUUGAUAAAUGAUGUUCAAACACUGCUGCCUCCUGUAUAAUGUAUAAAUUGGUUUUCAGUAUUUUAACAAAUUGUUAACAUUAUUAGAGGCAUUAGUAGAAACAUUUAUAUGUAUUAUAUAUAUUAUAAAAAUAUAUUAGAAACAGCAUUAGAAGCACAGCAUGACAAAAAGAUCAUCUCCUUGUGCUGCCCUAAUCUUUCAGUAAAAUUUACACAAACCAAUGAUGCAAAAUUUCUGACCUCGUAAUUUACUCUAUUAUAAAUCACAGUGAUGUUAUAAUUGCCAUGCAUUUACACACACCAAUGAUGCAAAAUUACUAACAUAGUAAUUUACUCUAUUAUAGAUCACUGUGAUGUUAUAAAUGCUAUGCAUUCAUAGUUUAAGGGCCAAUUGUUGGGCAUAACAAAAUGUAACUAAAACCAAACAAACUGACAAAAUAUUUAUAAAACCAAACAAACUGACUACAUGUGGAACUUUGGAAUGCUUGUCAACUUUUAACAAUGUUAAGAAAUGGAUGUAAAGAAAAGUCAAGCAAGAAUAUAAGGGAACUAACCAUAACACUGUUGUUACUUGAACUAUGCUAAAAAAUCUCCCUUUUUAACAACCUUGUGCUGUAAGUAUUGGAAUACUUAUUAUGCUUUCAUUUAAAUGUCAACAUAAAGUUUUAUUAGUAAAUUCAGCCAAAUUACUUAUUUUUUACCAGUUUUCUUGCUGGUUUAUAAGAGAAAGGGAAGACUUUGAUUUUUUUCGAUUGUCCAGUCGGACAAUACUAUUAUUUUUUGUCUUUCCCAGAUCUUAAGUUUGUCUUGGAAAAUCAGACUACCUUUAUUGUCAAGCCUUGAUGUACUGUUCAUGUACACAUCAGCACUGUGUAGGCAGAAUGAUAGAUUUUAUAUCCUAUUAAAGAUAUUCAUGGAUGUAUUUUGUAUAUGGAUUUUAUGGUGUACAAAUCAUUUGAAUUAUAAUUUAUAAUAGUGUUUUGUAUUUGUUAUAUAUAUAUUGUUGUAUACCAACAUGUAUAUUUAAAUGGCAUUUUUGUGUCUAAUUGUUGAUUAAAAUAGCAACAAUAAUGACAGGCAUUGUGCUGUUUUUGAAUACUAACAUGUGUUUCAAGUUUAGAAAAACUUAAUGAUGAUUAAAUCAAGAAAUAUUUAUGUCAUGAGGAAACUGUGUAUGUUUCUUUUAUAGUAUUAAGAUUAUUUGAUUUGGUUGUAUAUUAUAUACAUUUUUAUUAUUUAAAUAAUAAUAUUUUAAUAAUCUUUGUGAAGUGAUGCUUUCUAUUAUGUAAAUAAAACAAAGUAAAAAAGCUAUACACCCAAAUGUACAUAGACUGUAUGCUGUAAAUUAUAGCAUAGUUUCAACUUAUUUACCAUAAUAAUUUCUUAAUUUUUGUUAGUAGUCUUUUUAUUAUUUAGUGUACAGUUUUUAUUAUACAUGCAAUCAAAAGCAUGUUUAUAAUGAUGUUGUCUUGUUUUGGAACACAAUUUAUUGUGGUUAAAAAAAGAAAAUACUACAAACCUUUCAAA